AUGACAGGUCCAUAUAACACGCGUCAAAUGCUGAUAAACACACCCGACCAAUGCAUCUACAACGCAGAUAGCUACGCCUGGCUGGCACUCGAGGUCUUCUGGACAUCUCGCCAGUGCUUCACCGGCUCCGCGGGCAACCGGUUCAAGGACCCCGUGGUUCCGCCCUGCAGCAAAGCGAAGCGUGAUGCGGGAGAAUGUUCUGGUUCGACAUCGGCCAUGCCCGACACCGUGGAUGUGGCAUCGACAAUUACCAUCACGACAGAGGGGUCGAGCAUGAUCACCCCUCCGCCGGCCAUCCACUGCGAACCUAGCUGUACGCCAACGGCGCCGCCAGCGAAGCCUACCAUCAUUUCCUGGGUAGCCAAUGUAGGAACGAUAGACAUCGGCGACGCGGACGACGGCAUCGACGGCAACCAGAAGCUCGCGACCGAAAUGUUCGGCAAGCUAUCGAAGAUGUGCGACAGCAACGGCUGCAAGGGCGACCACCAAGAGAUGGACAAUGUCGAAGCUGGCAUUGCCGACGGCGAGGAGCCCCUGAAGCCGGCGAUGUACAUCGAUGCCUUCCAGUAUACGAACCUGGACACGUUCAAACAGAUGCUCUCGGUCGGGCUCGGGUCUUGGAUCUCCGCGCUCAAUAACACUGGCCUGAAUCUGUGCCACAAGGUCGAGUAUGAAGCUGAUGCUGACGAGACGGGCUCGGGGUGUGGCCAAGGGCCCAUCCCGACUCGGCGCAUCCGCCGCAAGGUGCGCCGGGAUGACAGGACCGUCCUCUGGGAGCGCGAUGGACUGGUCCAGGAGGAGAAGCGUGCGUUAGACGAGCGCUGCCUAGAUAACUGCGGGCAACCCAUGGUCUGCCAUUACACAGCGCGCAUGUGCAAUGCGCCAGAUUCGAUCACGGUGAUCGCCGGUACCAAGGACAACCCUUAUGCGGGUCACCUAAACAUCGGCGUGACCCUUGACAAGACUGGGGAUAGAUUCGUCUGCGCAGCAAUUGCCGGAGGACUGACUGCCUUGGCCGCAAUCAUCGCGCCAGAAUUGCUCGAAGAAGAAGCCCUCGAGGGAGUGGAGCUCGAAGCUCUUUGUGGCAUCGUCGACGACCCUCUCUCCGCUAUUAACAAUAGUCCCAGUGGGGAGAGGCUUACGAUAUCUCGCCGGCAGAGCCUUAGAUUGGGCAAAGGCUAAUACCGUGUAUCUAGCUAAUAGUCAGAGGGUGAUUCAAUCUGGUCAUAUUGGGAUGUUCAGAUAUGCUAACGAGAUGGAAAUAACAGUAGAUGUGACUACUGCUACCUUCUGCCCAAGUACUCGGAGUAAAUUUAUAGCGCUCUCAAAGUAAUAUCAUU